UGACCACAUUGGCGAAUUUGAGGAACGACGUCGAGAUACGUGGCCGGCACAUCCAUACACCUGCCGACCACCAAGCUCGCCGCAGACUUUGAACAAAACGGGGAACGCGCCGCAUCCUGUACAGCGAAGUUCCCGACCCGAACCGGCGGCGAACUACCAAUCUAAGGCGGCUGACGUGCGAUCCGUGGAGCGAAACCCCUUUUGCGAGCCGAGUCGGUCCCUCGCCUCGUUCUCCCCGCCAAAGCUCCCGAAGCUCGACGGCUGCUGCACCGACAUUCGUUUUUGAAGUCGCCGGUUGCAUCAUUGAUCACCAUGAGGUUGGACGUGAAGCGACAGCUCUUUGCCCGCUCUGAGCGGGUGAAAGGCAUCGACUUCCAUCCUACCGAGCCGUGGAUCCUGACCACCCUCUACAGCGGCCAUGUUUACAUCUGGUCAUACGAGACCCAGCAAGUCGUCAAGACCUUCGAGCUCACCGAUGUCCCUGUUCGGGCCGGCCGUUUCAUUGCGAGGAAGAACUGGAUUGUUUGCGGGUCGGAUGAUUUCCAAAUCCGCGUUUACAACUACAACACGAGCGAGAAGAUCACCUCCUUCGAGGCGCACCCCGACUACAUCCGGGCGAUCGCUGUCCACCCGACACAGCCCUUUGUCCUCACGGCUAGUGAUGACAUGACCAUCAAGCUCUGGGAUUGGGAGAAGGGGUGGAAGAAUGUUCGAGUAUUCGAGGGCAAUUCCCACUACGUGAUGUCCCUGGCCAUCAACCCCAAGGAUACGAACACCUUCGCCUCUGCCUGCUUGGACAGGACAGUGAAGAUCUGGAGCUUGGGAUCAUCUACCCCUAAUUUCCAGUUGGAGGCACAUGAAACCAAGGGCGUCAACCACGUUGACUACUAUCCCCACAGCGACAAGCCGUACCUGCUCACCACCUCCGACGACCGCACUGUAAAAGUGUGGGACUACACAACCAAGAGCCUGAUCGCCACGCUAGAAGGCCACACCAACAAUGUGUCUUUUGCGUGCUACCACCCAGAGUUGCCCAUCAUCAUCUCAGGUUCCGAAGACGGGACCGUAAGGAUAUGGAACGCCAACACCUACCGCUUUGAGCAGUCCCUUAACUACGGGCUGGAGAGAGCGUGGUGCGUGGCGUACCAGAAGGGCAAGCAGGGUAUUGCGGUGGGCUUUGAUGAUGGCUCGGUCGUGAUCAAGCUGGGUCGUGAGGAGCCUGCAGUUUCGAUGGACGGCUCCGGGAAGAUCAUCUGGGCCCGGCACAACGAGGUCGUGUCUGCCGUGAUCAAGGGCGGCGAGGCGACCAAGGACAACGAGCCAAUCACUCUCGCCACCAAGGAGCUGGGGACAGCCGAGGUGUAUCCGCAGACGCUCAUCCACUCUCCCAACGGACGGUUUGCCGCAAUCUGCGGCGACGGCGAGUACAUCAUCUACACGGCGCUUGCUUGGCGCAACAAGGCGUUCGGCCAGGCGCUGGAUUUCGUCUGGGCGUCCAAGGACAACUCGAACGACUUCGCCAUUCGCGAGUCAGCCACCAGCAUCAAGGUCUUCAAGAACUUCCAAGAGAAGAAGGGCGGCCUCGAUGUCCCGUUCGCAGCUGAUGGGCUCACUGGUGGUGUGCUUCUCGGCGUCAAGGGCCAGGGCGGCAUCUCGUUCUAUGACUGGGCGACGGGUGGCCUCGUGCGCCGCAUCGAGGUGGAGCCCAAGCAGGUGUACUGGAGCGAGAGCGGCGAGCUCGUGGCGCUGGCGUGCGAGGACACCUGCUACAUCUUGAGGUUCUCGAGGGACAACUACAACCAGGCGGUUCAGUCUGGCCUGGUCGAAGAGGAUGGUGUCGAGGCCGCCUUCGAGGUAAUGACGGAUAUAAACGAGAGCGUUCGGUCGGCCGAAUGGCUCGGCGACGUGUUGAUCUACACCAACGGGACCAACCGGCUGAACUACCUGGUCGGCGACCAGACCUACACGGUCGCGCACUUCGACAAGCCCAUGUACAUCCUGGGCUAUCUCCAGCGCGACAGCCGCGUGUACCUGACUGACAAGGACCUCUCAGUCACGUCGUAUGCUCUUUCGCUGCCGGUUCUCGAGUACCAGACGUUGGUUCUCCGAGGGGACAUGGAGACAGCCGCCGAGCUGCUUCCCAGCAUCCCGCAGGACCAGCUCAACAAGAUCGCGAGAUUCCUCGAGGGCCAGGGUCACAAGGAGCUUGCGCUCGAAGUCGCGACCGACCCGGAGCACAAGUUCGAUCUCGCCCUGUCGCUGAACCAGCUCGACAUCGCCCUCGAACUGGCCAAGCAAGCCGACUCGGACCACAAGUGGAAGACGCUGGGCGACGCCGGCCUCGCCGCCUGGGACGUGCCGCUCGCAACCGAGUGCUUCCAGCACGCGCGGGAUCUGGGCUCCCUGCUGCUGGUCUACACGUCCACGUCCGACCGCGACGGCCUCGCCAAGCUGGCCGAGCAGGCGUCCGACGCGGGCGCGCACAACGUUGCGUUCAGCUGCAAGUGGUCGCUCGGCGACGUCCCUGGCUGCGUCGACAUCCUGGUCAAGACGGGCCGGCUGGCCGAGGCGGUGCUGUUCUCGCAGACAUACCAGCCGAGCUUGACCGCGGGGCUGGUGGCGCAGUGGAAGGAGAGCCUGGAGAAGAACAAGAAGGGCCGCGUCGCGAAGGCGCUGGGCGUUCCCGGGGAGGAUGAGGAGUUGUUCCCCGAGUGGGAAGAGUGGUUGCGGCUGGAGAAGGAGGGCCCUGUGGCAAGUGAGGAGGCUAAUGGUGCGGUUGAGGCAGAGGAGGUGGCUGGAGAAGCGUAGGAGGAGGGAAGAGACGGGGGAGGCCACCGAGGAGGACGUCGAAUAGGGAAUGAAUGCCUUGCUGUAUUCCGUAGACUCUCACGAAUGGGGGAGACCGCUUAGUAGGUGUGGUGUAUUGGCGCCUGGGCGGUUGUGUCUUUAGGAGAGAGGAGGACUGCGAGAAAAGAUGUGUUUCAUUGGGAGCUAUUGACAAUAUUUUUGCGCAUCAUUGGCAUGCGGCCUGUUCAUGUUGUCUUCAGAAGCCGAGACCGUGGAGGACGGAAGAGCUUGUGCCAUGGAUAUCAGCUCCCAUGGGAUAGUCGCGCUGCGCUGUUGCUUACGGUUCGCCUAAUUCGCCAAUCACGGCCUUCGCAACAAACGGCUACC